CUCAGAAGAGAAAAAGAGGAAAAGGGUGAAAGAGGAAAAAACGCAGAUGGAAGAACCACAAAACGGCAACGCGAAUUUGAGUACAGCCGGGGAGGACGAGGAGCCGGUAAUAGGACCCGGACCCGCCCCUCGUGCUCGACCCAAGCGUCCGCUCCUGUUUGAACAAGCAUAUCUCGAUUCCCUUCCUUCAGCUAACAUGUACGAGAAAAGUUAUAUGCAUCGUGACGUGGUUACACAUGUCGCUGUAUCAUCUGCAGAUUUUUUCAUUACUGGAAGUGUUGAUGGGCAUUUGAAAUUUUGGAAGAAAAAGGCUAUUGGGAUCGAGUUUGCAAAGCAUUUUAGAUCCCACCUGGGUCCCAUUGAAGGUUUAGCGGUUAGUGCAGAUGGUUUGCUUUGCUGUACAAUUUCCAAUGACCGUUCUGUGAAGGUAUAUGAUGUGGUCAACUAUGACAUGAUGGUCAUGCUUCGACUACCUUAUGUUCCUGGUGCUGUUGAAUGGGUCUACAAGCAAGGGGAUGUCAAAGCUAAGCUUGCCAUUAGUGAUAGAAAUUCAUCAUUUGUUCAUAUAUAUGAUGCACGAGCUGGUUCAAACGAACCUAUCAACUCAAGAGAGAUACACCUGGGCCCAGUAAAAGUAAUGAGGUACAAUUCUGUAUUCGACAGUGUAAUAUCUGCCGAUGAGAAGGGAAUUAUCGAGUAUUGGAGCCCUGCCACACUUCAGUUCCCAGAAAACGAGGUCAAUUUUAGAUUAAAAAGUGAUACUAAUCUCUUCGAAAUUGCAAAAUGCAAGACCACCAUUUCUUCCAUUGAGGUGAGCCCAGAUGGUAAGCAAUUUUCUAUUACCUCACCUGAUCGUAGGAUACGAGUCUUUUGGUUCAGAACUGGUAAAUUAAGGCGAGUUUAUGAUGAAUCGCUUGAGGUCGCCCAAGAUCUUCAAAGAAGUGACUCUCCCAUGUAUCGGCUGGAAGCUAUCGACUUCGGUAGAAGAAUGGCUGUUGAAAAGGAAAUGGAGAAAACUGAAACUGCACCACAACCCAAUGCAGUUUUUGAUGAAAGCUCUAAUUUCCUCAUAUAUGCUACUCUUCUUGGGAUAAAAAUGGUAAAUUUACACACCAACAAAGUUGCUCGAAUACUUGGGAAGGUGGAGAGCAAUGACAGAUUCUUGAGAAUUGCAUUAUAUCAAGGAGAUCGAAGCAGCAAGAAAGUAAGAAAAAUUCCUGCUGCCGCAGCAAAUGUCAAUGAGAGCAAAGAGCCAUUAACUGAUCCAACACUCUUGUGUUGUGCUUUCAAGAAACAUAGGAUCUAUUUAUUCAGUCGACGAGAACCAGAAGAACCUGAAGAUGCAACAAAAGGAAGGGAUGUGUUCAAUGAAAAGCCCCCAGCUGAUGAGCUUCUGGCUGUAUCUGACAUUGGAAAAUCAGUUACAACAUCUCUUCCUGACAAUGUGGUACUGCACACCACAAUGGGUGAUGUUCACAUGAGACUCUACCCAGAAGAAUGUCCAAAAACUGUGGAGAACUUUACAACACACUGUCGGAAUGGCUAUUAUGAUAAUCUCAUCUUUCACCGUGUAAUCAAAGGAUUCAUGAUACAAACAGGAGAUCCAUUGGGAGAUGGCACUGGUGGACAGUCUAUUUGGGGAAGGGAAUUUGAGGAUGAGUUUCACAAAAGCUUACGACAUGACAGGCCUUUCACUGUGUCGAUGGCUAAUGCUGGCCCUAAUACAAAUGGUUCUCAGUUCUUUAUAACUACGGUGGCUACUCCGUGGCUGGACAAUAAGCAUACGGUAUUUGGGAGAGUCAUUAAGGGAAUGGAUGUUGUGCAGGCUAUUGAGAAAGUGAAGACAGACAAAGCUGACAGGCCAUAUCAAGAUGUAAAAAUCUUAAAUGUUACUGUCCCAAAAUCCUAAGAGUUCAUGUCUGUGGUGAGUCUUUCUAGAUAUUGUUUGUGACCUGCAUUGACAAUAUUGGCCACAGGAGACUGUCUCAGGUUCAUCAGGCUUACACAUGAUUGGAAUUUGAGGUUUUUCCGCCCUUUAUGUAGUCAUUGGACCAAGAGCUCUUGAUCUUCAGUGUUGUGUAAGGUCACUGAAUUUUGACUUUUGGUCAAUGUACAAUAGUUUCCCUGUAGAAUUGAUGUUCAAUAUUUCAUGGUAUUGGUACCAAAUUUGGGUAUAGGUUAUUUUUAGCCUGGUGACAAUUACCUUGAGUUAAAUGGAGGAAUUUAGUUGUCUCUUUCUAAAACUUUGACA